GUUGGCGCCACUGCUGUUUUAAAAGUUUUGAAUGAUGGUGUGGUUGAGCGUCCGUAGCAACUGUAACUGAUCGAGUGGGAUCCCGAGUUCUGUUUACUUCAAUUUACUCGCAAUUCUGAUGGAUUCCGAGGCGCUCAAGUGCGAUUUAUUUCACGCGCUACAAAAUCACGAUCACAGCGUUAUGCCGAAAUGGAAAGCUUCGUGCCAGGAGUUUCGCUCGCACAUCGCUGUCAAAUUCAAGGAGAGACUCCUUCGUCAGAAAGAUCGCACCGAGAAGAAAUCUGCCAAUGACAGAAAGGUGUCAGAGUUGCAACAGGAGAGUGACACAGUUGGAUCGAAUAUAGACGCGGUCGCGUUGCAGUGGAAGGUAACGGACAAGAAGAUAUCCAAUGCCAUAAAGUCACAGGAGAGCGUGAAGGAUGAAAUGGAAAAACUGAAGGCACAGGAAGACACCCUGUCGCUGGAAAUGGUGGAUGUAGAACUUGAGAGGGAGACAAAAAGGAGAAACAAGGUUUUGAAGUGGGACGCUAUUAAACGCGCAUGCCAAAUCUACAAACAUAACUUGGACAUACAUAUAAGUCUCCAAGAGGAGGAGGAUCGUCAGGAAGUAAAAUUUUCCUUUUUUACGCAGAGCGCAGUCACAAAGGACAAGUACUUUGUUCAAUUGUCAUGCAGUGAUAAUCAUUGGAAAGUUGAACAGAUCGAACCAAAUGUAAGAAGAGAACAUUUCAAUCAAUUAUCCAUCACGACCGAUCCUUCUGAUCGUUCCAAAGUGCCAGAUCUCACGCUAUUUUUGUGCCAGAUAAGAAAUAUAUUUUUAAAACAUUACAUGAAAACGGGGAAAAAGCAAUAAAUGUGAAAAGAAUUGUUAAUAAGAUUGUAUAUACAUUAUGUGAAAAUUUAGUUUGAAUAUAUCUCAUAAGAUAGUUUUAUCUUUUUCUGCAAGAGAGAUCUUUAUUAAUAAAAGUUGAUACCUAAAAAAA